CGUUUGUGGUCGUACUCUGAAUGCCCGUGGAAGAUGGCGGUGCGGAAGAAAGAUGGAGGCCCAAACGUGAAAUACUUCGAGUCCUCGGACACGGUGUCGCAGUUCGACAACGUGCGGCUGUGGCUGGGGAAGAAUUACAAAAAGUACAUCCAAGCAGAGCCGCCAACUAACAAGUCUCUCUCAAGUCUGGUUGUUCAGUUGCUGCAGUUCCAGGAAGAGGUGUUUGGGAAACACGUAAGCAAUGCACCUCUUACCAAAUUGCCAAUGAAAUGCUUUCUCGACUUCAAGGCAGGUGGAGCUUUGUGCCAUAUUCUUGCUGCUGCUUAUAAAUUCAAGAGUGACCAAGGAUGGCGACGCUUUGAUUUUCAGAACCCCUCCCGCAUGGAUCGUAAUGUUGAAAUGUUUAUGACUAUCGAAAAGACACUGGUUCAGAACCACUGCUUGUCUCGGCCCAACAUUUAUCUAAAUUCAGACAUUGAGCCUAAGUUGCUGAGUAAACUGAAAGACAUUAUUAAGAGACACCAGGGUACUGUUACUGAGGACAAAUCAAAUGCAUCACAUGUUGUGUACCCUAUUCCUGGCAGUAUGGAAGAAGAAGAGUGGGUGCGGCCAAUAAUGAAGCGAGAGAAGCAGGUCUUAUUACAUUGGGGAUAUUGUCCUGACAGUUACGAUACAUGGAUUCCAGCCAGUGAAAUUGAGGCAGCAGUUGAGGACCCCCCACCAACUGAACGACCCCGGAAGGUCCAUGCUAAGUGGAUAAUGGAUACUGAUACCUUUAAUGAAUGGAUGAAUGAGGAAGAUUAUGAGGUAAAUGAUGAUCGAGCACCUGUUGUUCGAAGGAAAAGAAUUUCUGCCAAAACGUUAACAGAAGAGGUGCACAGCCCUGAUUCAGAUAGAAGAGAUAAAAAAGGAAGCAGUCACAAAAAGAGGAAACGUUCUCCUUCUCCUUCUCCUACACCUGACUCCAAGAAAAAGAAUACCAAGAAAGGUCCUGCCACACCAUAUGCCAAGUCAAAGCGUGGACAUCGAGAGGAGGACCAAGAGGAUCUGACCAAGGACAUGGAUGAGCCUUCUCCUGUCCCCAACGUAGAAGAGGUCACACUACCGAAAAGUGUGAAUACAAAGAAAGAUUCUGAAUCAGCUCCAGUGAAAGGUGGAACAAUGACUGAUCUAGACGAGCAAGAGGAUGAUAAUUUGGAAACUACAGGCAAGGACGAGGAAGAUGUUUCUGCUGGAAACAAAGGGGAACAAACAAAGAAUCCAGAUUUACAUGAAGACAAUGUUACAGAGCAGACUCACCAUAUCAUUAUACCCAGCUAUGCAGCCUGGUUCGACUACAACAGCGUCCAUGCCAUUGAGCGUCGAGCUCUCCCAGAAUUCUUCAAUGGGAAAAAUAAAUCCAAAACCCCGGAGAUUUACCUUGCCUAUCGUAAUUUCAUGAUUGACACGUACCGUCUGAAUCCACAGGAGUACCUCACGUCAACAGCAUGUCGCCGGAAUCUGGCAGGAGAUGUCUGUGCAAUAAUGAGGGUACAUGCUUUUCUUGAGCAAUGGGGACUUAUUAAUUACCAAGUAGAUGCAGAGAGUCGACCAACACCUAUGGGUCCUCCCCCAACGUCACAUUUCCAUGUGCUUGCAGAUACACCUUCUGGCCUCGUGCCUCUUCAACCCAAAGCUCCACAGACAUCUGCAUCCCAGCAAAUGCUUAAUUUUCCUGAUAAGAACAAAGAGAAGGCUCCUGAUAUGCAGAAUUUUGGACUACGUACAGAUAUGUAUGCAAAGAAAAAUAUUCCUUCUAAGAGUAAAGCAGCUGCUAGCGCUACACGAGAGUGGACUGAGCAGGAGACACUUUUACUGCUUGAGGCACUGGAGAUGUACAAGGAUGAUUGGAACAAAGUCUCAGAGCAUGUGGGUAGUCGCACACAGGAUGAAUGCAUCUUGCACUUCUUGCGUUUGCCCAUAGAAGAUCCCUACCUUGAAGACUCCGAGGCCUCCCUAGGUCCAUUGGCUUAUCAGCCAAUUCCAUUCAGCCAGUCUGGUAAUCCCGUAAUGAGCACUGUGGCAUUCCUGGCAUCGGUUGUUGACCCUCGGGUUGCAUCAGCAGCUGCAAAGUCUGCAUUAGAAGAGUUCUCUAAGAUGAAGGAGGAGGUCCCCUCUGCUCUCGUAGAAGCCCACGUAAAGAAAGUAGAAGAUGCUGCUAAAGUUACUGGGAAGGCAGAUCCAACCUAUGGUCUGGAGAGCAGUGGAAUUGCAGGAACUACCCCAGAUGAACCAGAGAGGUUGGAGGAAGGCAAUGAGGAAGCUAAGUCAGAUGCUCAACCAUCAGAAGAUAAGAAAGAAUCAAAGGACAACAAGGAAAUAACAGAAGAUGAAAGUAAGGAGAAACAACCUGAUUCUUCCAAAAAGGAGGAAGAAAAGGGAAAAGAAUGUGAACCAGAGAAAGAAAAUGAACAAGCUGAGGUAGAAGUAGCAGACACAGAGAGGGAGAAAGAAAAUAAGGAAUUCCAGGAUGAUGGAGCAAAGAAGGAUGGAGAAUCAGAAACAGAUAAGAAAACUAAGCUUGAACGGGAUAUUGGUGAAGGGAAUUUGUCAACAGCAGCAGCUGCUGCACUGGCUGCAGCUGCAGUCAAAGCAAAGCACCUUGCUGCAGUAGAGGAGCGGAAAAUCAAAUCAUUAGUUGCUCUGCUUGUUGAAACGCAGAUGAAAAAACUUGAAAUCAAGCUCCGACAUUUUGAAGAACUUGAGACCAUAAUGGACAGAGAGAGAGAGGCUUUGGAGUACCAAAGACAACAGCUUCUCUCUGAUAGACAGGCCUUCCACAUGGAGCAGCUGAAGUAUGCUGAGAUGAGGGCUCGGCAGCAGCACUUUCAACAAAUGCACCAACAGCAGCAACAACAACAUCAGCUCCCAUCUGGCCCUCAGGCCAGCCAGCAGCCAGCUGUCAUUCCUGCAUCUGUACAGCCAGUGCCACCUGCUGCAGUUCAGCAAGGAGCUUUGAGCCAGGCUGCAGGAGAUUCCAUAGCACAAUCCAUUCCACAACAGCAGCAGACACCACCAACACAGCAACCACAGCAGCAGCAACAGCAGGCUCAACCUCCAGUUCUUACCCAUGGUCAGCCACCAUUUCCAGGUCAACAAACUCCAAACCAACUGAUGCCCAGUAACAUGCCUGUUGGCAUGCCAACGAACAUGUCUGGUAAUAUGGCUGCUGGUAUACCUUGUAUGGUGCCAGCCAAUAUUGCAUGUAGCAUGGGUAGUACCAUCACAGGAAACAUCCCAGUUAACCUUCCUGCUCGCAUGUCAAACCCGGUGCAUGGUAAUAUGUCCAGUAGCAUGUCUGGGGUUGCUCCUGGCAAUAUCUGUACAAGUUUGCCAGGAAAUUUGCCUGUAGAUCUGCCUAGUUCUUUACAUCCUAACACAUCAGGAAACAUCAACACAGGCUCCACGUCUCUUGCAUCCACACCAGGGUCGGCAGCUGCUCAAAGCCCUGCUAUUGUAGCUGCUGUGCAGGGAAACACAAGUCCAUUGCCAGAGCAAGGAGGUUCAAUGCAGACUGAAGUGAUGGCAACCCCAGCAGCACCAGUCCCUCCGUCACAGUGAUGUGAGACAUUUGAGCAGGACAAAGCAUUCUACCUGGAAUGAAUAUUAUUUUCUCAAGUGUGCCAGUGUGAGGAGCAGUUUGAGUGGCUGUGCUGAAAUAUUCUCUUUUUCAAAUUUAAUUUGGUUAAAAAUAACAAUUCUGAUCAUUAAUGGAGGUGCUUCUGAUGUCAGUAUUGUUAGAAGUAAUGUGUGCACUGGAAAAUGACCAUGUUACAUAGACCAAUGUAAAACUCAUUAUCUAAUCUGCUAUAUUGCUGAUACAUAUAGACCAUCUAUACUGUCACCUUGAACAGCAUCUGAUAACUUUUGAAAGUAAUUAGUUUUUAUUUCAAAUAUACCAAACUGUCAUCAGAAGAAUUGAGUGAGCAUGCCCGAGUUCCUUGCUCAAUGCAUAGUUGACUGUUGCUAUUUUCCUUGUUUUGUUGUUUGUGAAAAUAUCUUUUUUGUGCCAAUUUGAGGGAGGGGGGAAUUUUGACGUUGAGAAUAUAAUAGCCAGCUUUGGGCUUUUUAAUUUAGUUCUUGCUUUACAAUCAGCAGCUUACAUGUUAGGUACUUUCUGUAUUUGGUCCUUAUCCAUUUUAUAAUUAUGCUAAAUUGUCGGUUUGGGCUAAGCCACAAGUUUGAAACGAGUUCUGUCCAUGUUGAACACUGUACUCCAAUGUUUUGUCUUCCAUUUUGAUUCAAAAUGGCAGCCAGCAAGUUUUGAAAUCAUUGUGGUAGAGUGUGAGAUUAGGAAUGGGGUUUUUCGGCUUUAAGCACCUCACUCCAGUUCUGUUCCAUGCCUUAUGUGACUUAAAAAUGAUAGUUUAGCUUUCUUUGAUAGUAAUUGACCAAACAUAUCAGUGAUUCAUUCUUAAUACAUUUAUUCCAGUCGUAACAUUUUCUAGAUUGUCGUGGAUGCCAAUGGGGUCCUCUGACAGACAACAGCACCAAUGCCUCACAAUUUUGUUCCUUGUAAAAAUAAAUAGAGCCCCAAUAUUAGAACUUUAGUGCUAGGAAAUCACCCAUAAAGAUCUCCUUAUGCCUUUCACUCCAUCACUGAGUGCCCCAAACACUGGACGUUUAAGUGGUCAGAGCACAGACCAAUGAGAGCCUUCACUUUGCCAGAUUAUUGAGCGUGUUUCUACUUGAGCAGCUUUCAUGGCUUCUUGAAAGCUGUGUAAUUUGAAGCAGCAAAUGAUGCAAAUAGCCUUCUGAUAUCUCAGUGUUUAUUUUGUGUCUUGAGUAAUGAUUGUUCAGUGGCUGCUUAAGUUAGUGUUAGUGAAUGUGAACGAACUUGCUGUUUCCCACAGAAAAAGCAAGCUCAUUUGAGCUGCGUAAGCCUUUGUGAGCCUUUCUGUUCCAGCUACUAUUUUAUCAAUUGUUAUGUGUAGAGGGGAUCCUGAGUCAUGGAAUAAAAGAUUAGUCUCAGUUCAAAUUCAGCUUUUAUAUUGAAAGUAAUAUUAGACAACUUAAGCUGAUCCUAUAAAGUGUGGCAAAAAGCACUGUCACGUUAGUAUUUGGGUUCAUAAUUUUUUUGUGAUAAUGUUUUCUCAAAAUACAGGUAUUUUGGGCACCAUGAAGCAAUCAGUCACACAACCCUGCCACCACUGCACAUACGGGACAUUACAUGAUUUGAUCUCCAUUCCUUGUCAUAUAGAAUGUUUCUUUGCCCAGAAAAAAAUUGUUUAAAACGAUUUUCUUCUGGUUUUGUUUUGGAAACAAAAUUUGCCCUUGUGGGCUUGUUUGUAUACUCCUAUGGCAUGACAUGAUUGUUAGUGGUUUUAAUUUACUAGAUGCAUUGGGUAACUUUCUCCAUAUGUAGAAGUUGCAGAGAAUAUGCACACGUACAAAAUAAUGCAAAAUGCACUUGAUGACACAAGUGGCAAUCACAGGUAUGCACAAAUGUACAAGAGUAGAUGAAUGUGGGCACACACAGACAUGCAGGUGCAUGGUUUUCAAAGUUUAUAUUUUUAUAGGUUAGAACUUUGUUUGCUAUUCUGUAGAUGCAAAUUUCCAUUUCUAUUUUCUUGAAUAAGAAGUUAAUUGAUAAUUUCACUGUUGAAUGAAGCUACUGAACCAUAUUGUCAAUACUACCCAGUCUUUCCAGAUAUUACUGCCUUUGCUACAGUAGGCGAAAGUACAAGAAUGAGGAGCCCUUGGCAUACCAUAGCCAAUAGUCACUCAGUUGUUGGAUGUUCUACUAGUACAAGUAAAGAACCUCAACCCGAAGGGUAAGCAGCUUGCUGCACUGUGGAAAUGAAUAAAUAUGCCAGACUUUAUGACUUUCAUCCUCCUCCAAUCCCUAGGUGAGAGUUAGUUGUUCUACUGGAUAAUUGCAGUAUUACUUACAUAAUCAUUUCCAGUAUGCUGCCUGUAACUCAAUUAUUGAAAGCCCUCAACCACCAUACUUAUGGUCUUUUUAAUUCUUGAGCUAUAUUUGUAGAAAAGAAGAAUGUAUUCUAGGAGUUGAGUUGGUAGCAUUAUCUUUGUUACCCAUUUAAGUGUGGGCAUGGAAUGCUGGGAAUAUGAGCAAGUUUACCAAUAAGAGGAUUUGUCUUUAAGAAUCAACUAGAGUUGUCAUUGAAGAAGUUGUGAUUUCUCUCUUGUUUCAAACGAUCAGUUAGAAGUGAAUGUAGAGUGUUGCUAUGCACUCAUAGACCACUGAGACCCAGCUAAUCUUAUUCUUUUCAUAUAAAAACUGAAAAAUACUUCGCAAGACAAAAAAUCCAGUAAUUUCAAAACUGAAUAAAUAUGGACAAAACUGCCAAAGAUGAGUGUUUUUCUCUGUAGCUGAUAAGGGUAGAAAUCCAUUAUAUCUAUACUCCAGACUUGGAUUAAUCAACAGGUAACAGAAUACAUUUCGAACAGUCUUGUCUUUCAGAUUAGGGUAGUCCAUAUCCUUUUGUAUUUCUAGCUUAACAAACUUAAUUACAACUUUAAUGUGACUACUGCUGGACAGUAAGUGAUGUCCUAGUUUGCCACAGUAAUAUCUUCUGAUUCAUCAUCAAAUUUCAGAAAUAAUCCAGUGUUUCUUAUUAACCUGUUUCCCCCCACCCCACCACCAUUUUAAUAAUAAAUGUUCCAUUUGGCUGGACUAUGUACAUAGGUCCUUGAGCAUCAUGACCACCAGUUGUGUAUGGGAAGAUAGCCUAUUCUCAUUCAGAAGAUGUGUGCUCUGAUAAUUGUGGCUGUGGGUGCUAUGGACCAGUCCAUCCUGCCCUGAAAAAGAGUAAUGCAGUGGAAGGUGUAGUAUGUUACCUUGUGACAAUAUUAGCUUCUAUCACCAUACAACAAAUAGUUGAUAGCCUUUUCCACAUGAGCCUAAUUUUACACUCACUUUGUAGAACAAAAGUAAAAUUAAUGAUUGCUGGAAUUGUAAAUUAAAGCAAAAAGUGCUAGCAAAACUCCGCAGGUCAAACAGCAUUUGUGUUAACAUCUCAGGAUCAGAAUGGUUUGAUAAGCAUUAGCUGUUUCUCUCCACAGAAUAUUGACUUAACUGCUGAAUAUUUCCAGCACUCUCAACUUUGAGUUCGAUGGUUGUGAAUUGAAGUCAAACUUGAGGCUUGAGCUCAAAGGUCUUGGCUGAUAUUCUAUUGGAGUACAGAAGGAAUGGUACAUAGUCAGACAUUGGGAUGAAAUUUUAAACCAAGGUCCUCCAGUCUGUGCCCUUUAAAGUGGACAUUAAAGAUCCCUUGGCACUAUUUUUAAGAAUAUGCAGGAGAGUCAGCCUUCUGGCCUGGGCAAUGUUUCUUUCCCAAUAACAUUACUAGAACAAAUUAUCUGGCGAUUGUCACAUUUCUGUUAGUGGGAGCUUUUGUAUGGAGUAACUGCUGUGUUUCCUGUAUAAUGGUAAGUAAUCUUCAUAAAGUAAAAAGUAAAAACGUCUGGGAAUGCACAUAGGUGUGGAAGGAAAGGCAAGUAAUUAUAUCUUUGUGCAGUGAGACUUGAGUGAGGGUAAAGGUGUUACUAUCAUCCAGUGAUUAACAUUGUGUGCACCACUCUUACCCUCUCCUCUUCAACAGAAUGAAAACUGUCGUUUCUAAACUAAACAGCUUUUCUGCUUAUUAAAUGUAUACAUACUGUAAGUGUUGUAUUCAUUGGCUCCAUUUGACCAAUUUUAGCUUUGGCAGGAAACCCAUUCUUGCUGGCUUGAAGGCGGGGUUUUAUUUCCAGUUUACUAGUUAACUUGGAUUUCAAAUGCAGGAACUCCUGGCUCCAAACUGCCAUGAAAAUGUAUGGUUCUUGACCUUAAAUGGUUAGACGUUGUGCAGGGCUGCCUGCUUGUAAUCAAAUACAGUCUCAGUUUCUUUCCAUUGUGGGCAGCAGUUGGGCAUUUGUGCCUGGAAAUUGCAAUUAGUGUCCAGCAGCUAUUGUAGAAACUUAGUGGCAUUGAAAAAGACCAUUGACUGAAGCAGCCAAGCACCUGGGCAAAGUAACAAUGAGUACGAUUGGAACAAAAAUGGGACACUAAGUGUAACACCCUAAUUUCAGAUGCCAGCUAUCCCAUCUUGUCAAGCAAGCUGAUUUAAAGUAGACUCCAAAACAUUCAAAUACCACAGAUGUUACUGGCGGUGAUUUUAUAUGGGAAUUGCUUGACUGGGUGUCUGGCUUUAGUUUUUUUAUUGUUUUUUAUUGUAUAUUUGCUCAUUUCUAUAUUAAUAUUUUACUUUUCAUGUUGGAAUUGCCCAUUUUUCUGUAUGUCGUCUACAUCCACUUGUGCUGUAUAUUCUCUGUUCCAACACACUAAAAUUUAGAAAUACAUUUGUAGUAUUGAAACAAAUCAUUUGUGAUCAAUUGGAUAGAGGUAACUGCCACCGUAGCCACAUGGACUGGCUUCCAUUUGUUUAUUACCCUCCCAGGAGUUCCCUUUUUAUUCAAAUCAUCCGUUAUACCUUCUGAAAUUUACAGUAUUAUCCUAAAAUUGUCAAAACUUUCCAGGAAUGUGUAUCAAUGAAGCAUGAAGGAAUCUAAUUUUUAAAACCUUGAAUGCAUAUGAACAUGUCAAUAGGUUUAUUUGUUACAAUAAUUUGAAGUGUUCCUUUCACUGAUGUAAGUAGGUAUCACCCUUGAGACUUCCGGCUCAAAUUGCCCAAGAAAGUUGCUUCAUAUUUGUGUGUUAUCACAGUCAAUUGUUAACACAAAUUAUGUACAAGACAAAAUGUCAAGCCCUUUAAAAGUAAGCUGUUCUUUUUACAAAUUGACAAAUUUCAGUUGUAGUGUUUUGUCAAAAUGUAGUCUGUAACUCUGUAGUCUGUAUAGCUUUCGCUAUCACGAGAACCUGCUAAAGAAUAAACUUGUACUUAUUAAAUAUCA